GAUACUUGAAGAAUAAACCAAAAACAGAUGUUAAGACCACUGUAUGUUUUUCUGUCACUUUCAGUUUUUGUUGCUUGAGGUCUGUUUUGAAAUACAUUUUUAGAGCUUCUCAAUGAAUCUGAGUGUAAAGCAUUACAAUAUUGUUGAUAACUUGAACUUUUUUGCACAAAGGUGUCUACUGCUUCUAUCUCAGAACAGUUACUACUUUUUAAACUGUGUCUCUGUAAAAUGGCAACGACCGUAUUACCUCACUGUGAAGACUGUUUAAAAAAACUAAGUGUUAGUCUGCUUGGGCCGCCGCAACAGAAUACCUCAGACUGGGUGGCUUAAACAGUAGAAAUUUAUUCUCACAGUUCUGGAGGCUGGGAAUACCAAGAUCAAGGGUCCGGUCAGUUUGAUUUCUGGUGAGAGCUCUGCCACAGGCUUGUAGACGGCUGUCUUCUCUCUGAGUCUUCACAUAGCCUCUCCUCAGUGUGUGUGCAAAGUGGGGGAGCCCUUCCUCUUGUAGAGCCACCAGUCUUACCAGAUCAUGGCCCCUCUCUUAUGACCUCAUUUAACCUUAGUUACUUCCUUAGAGGCUCCAUCUCCAAAUGCAGUUGCAGUGGGGGUUAUGGCUUCAACAUGAAUUUUAGGGAGGACAUGAUUCAGUCCAUAACAUAUUGUGCUGACUUUGGAUUACUUUUUAAAGCACUAGGCAUGGUAAUUUCUACUUUUCGGGACCUCAAAACCAAGAAGCUACAGAGAAUCCUAUGUCAAUAAAGUGAAAUCUCUUCCGUUGUGCUUUUGCAUUUGGAGACUCCUGUAUUUCCCUGUACACAAGGGGUGUAGAACUAGUGUGGUCAUUAUGAACGUGACAAGUUUAUUUUCCUUCACAAGUCCAGCUGUGAAGAGACUUCUUGGGUGGAAACAGGGUGAUGAAGAAGAAAAAUGGGCAGAGAAAGCUGUUGAUGCUUUGGUGAAAAAACUGAAGAAAAAGAAAGGUGCCAUGGAGGAACUGGAAAAGGCCUUGAGCUGCCCAGGGCAGCCAAGUAACUGUGUCACCAUCCCCCGCUCUCUGGACGGCAGGCUGCAAGUUUCCCACCGGAAGGGACUGCCUCAUGUCAUUUACUGCCGAGUGUGGCGUUGGCCCGAUCUUCAGAGCCACCAUGAACUAAAACCACUGGAAUGCUGUGAGUUUCCUUUUGGUUCCAAGCAGAAGGAAGUGUGCAUCAAUCCCUACCACUAUAAGCGAGUAGAAAGUCCUGUUCUUCCUCCAGUGCUGGUUCCAAGACACAGUGAAUAUAAUCCUCAGCACAGCCUAUUAGCUCAGUUCCGUAACUUAGGACAAAAUGAGCCUCACAUGCCACUCAACGCAACUUUUCCGGAUUCUUUCCAGCAACCCAAUAGCCAUCCGUUCCCUCACUCCCCCAGCAGCAGCUACCCCAACUCUCCUGGAAGCAGCAGUGGCACCUACCCGCACUCCCCCACCAGCUCAGACCCAGGAAGCCCUUUCCAGAUGCCAGCUGAUACGCCCCCGCCUGCUUACCUGCCUCCUGAGGACCCCAUGACCCAGGAUGGCUCCCAGCCAAUGGACACAAAUAUGAUGGCACCUUCACUGCCCUCAGAAAUCAACAGAGGAGAUGUUCAGGCGGUCGCUUAUGAGGAACCAAAACACUGGUGCUCUAUUGUCUACUAUGAGCUCAAUAAUCGUGUGGGCGAAGCGUUCCAUGCCUCCUCCACAAGUGUGUUGGUGGAUGGUUUCACCGAUCCUUCCAACAAUAAGAACCGUUUCUGCCUUGGGCUGCUCUCCAACGUUAACCGGAAUUCCACUAUUGAAAACACCAGGCGGCAUAUUGGAAAAGGAGUGCAUCUUUACUAUGUGGGAGGGGAAGUGUAUGCCGAAUGCCUCAGCGACAGCAGCAUCUUUGUGCAAAGUCGGAACUGCAACUACCAUCAUGGAUUUCACCCCACUACUGUUUGCAAGAUCCCUAGUGGGUGUAGUUUGAAAAUUUUUAAUAACCAAGAAUUUGCUCAGUUAUUGGCACAGUCUGUGAACCAUGGCUUCGAGACAGUCUAUGAGCUCACUAAAAUGUGUACUAUCCGCAUGAGCUUUGUAAAAGGUUGGGGAGCAGAAUAUCACCGCCAGGAUGUUACUAGCACCCCCUGCUGGAUUGAGAUCCACCUGCAUGGCCCCCUCCAGUGGCUGGAUAAAGUUCUUACUCAGAUGGGUUCACCUCACAAUCCUAUUUCAUCUGUGUCUUAAACAGCCUCAGGCUUCUGCCUCUUGAAAACUAUUGAGCCUUGCAUGUACUUGAAGGAUGGAUGAGUCAGACACGAUCAAGAACUGACAAAGGAGCCUUGAUAAUACUUGACCUCUGUGACCAACUGUUGGAUUCAGAAAUUAAAAAAAUAAAAAAAACAAAAACCUUGGUAACAUACUGUCGAUAUCAAGAACCUGUUUAGUUUACAUUGUAACAUUCUAUUGUAAAAUCAACUAAAAUGCAUACUUUUAGCAGGACUUCGUGUAUAGUUAAAGGAGAGAUGGCCAAGCCAGGGACAAAUUAUCUAUUUGGUCCUAAGAGAAAUGGUCCUAAGAGAUUCUUUUGUGUUUGGCACUUUAAGGUCAUCGUUUGGCAGAAGUUUAGCAUUAAUAGUCUUUCUGAAGUGUGUUUUUAUCAGGUUUAGAACCCAUGUUGAGUCUUAUUUUCAUGGGUUUUCAUAAUGUUUUAAAACUAUUUGUUUAGUAAUGGGUUUUGUUUGUUUUUUAAGUAAAGUUUAAUCUGAUGAUAUACAUAGUAAUCUUUCUAAAAUUGUACGCUGACCAUACUGCUGUCAGAAUAAUGUUAGGUAUAUGCUCUUUGCUAAAUAUAUAUGUACAGAAUAUUUGGAAGUUAAGAAUGGAUUAGACUAGUGGACUUAGUAUUUGAGGGGGUGGGGGAGAGGGAAAUGACAACUGCAAAUGUAGAAUAUACUGUAAAAAGUCAGUUUGUGACUUUCAGGAAACAAACUGAUGCCUGAAUUUUGCUGUGUUUCAAUUUUUUAGACAUUUUAUCCUUUUCUUUUCUUUUUUUUUUUUUUUUUUUUUUUGGGCGCCUUCUAUCCCAUCCUCUCCAAAAAACAGUUGUGCAGCUGGUUAAUUCAUGUAACUGUGAGAGCAAAUGAGUAAUUCCUGCUACUCUGAAAUCGACUGCCUAUAUGUCUCAAUACCAACCGUAUGGAGUGCUUCAAUUUAAUAAGCAGUUUUUUAUGGAGUUUACAGAAACUGGCUUUAAUUUUCAAGUGAAUUGUUCACCAACUGUUAAAUAUUUGGAGGAUUUAAAGAACAUCCCUGUUUAAAUCCAUUUCAGACUUUUAAGGAUUUUUUUUGUACUGUUUGGUUUUAUUUUUCUUCUGCUAAUCUUUUAUAUUCACUUAUGCUCUCGUACAUUGAGUACUUUUAUUCCAAAACUAGUGGGUUUUCUCUACUGGAAAUUUUAAAUAAACCUGUCAUUAUUGCUUACUUUGAUUAAAAA